AGAAUAUAGGCACUACCGGUGCCUAUAAACAUAAGACUCACUCUAGUUUUUUAAUCUUUAUGUGUGAUGGGAGAUAGAGAUUGGAGACCGUUUGUUUACGGCGGCCUCGCGUCGAUCGUCGCCGAAUUCGGUACAUUCCCUAUUGACACAACAAAGACACGACUUCAGAUUCAGGGCCAGAAGAUAGACCCUCGUCAUGUGGAGCUCCGGUACACUGGCAUGGUGGACUGCUUCGUCAAGACCUCACAGCAAGAGGGGGUCAAAGCAUUGUACUGCGGGUAUGUUAUGCAUUAUAAGGUCAUAUUCUACCUAUGAGGUUACUUGUUACUUGAUCUGAUCUGGUAAUCUUUUAUUGCUAUGUGUAUAAAAAAUAAUUAUAUAUGGCAACCCCUAUCACUGA